AUGUCUCUUGCGUUGACCCAGUUCGUACAGCGACCUUCCUUUGGUCAUCAAGGGAACAAGACCAAGGUUCGCGCCAACUUCUUUGAGGUGGUGAACUUUCCUCAUGCAGACUUUCAUCACUACGAUGUCAACAUUGAUCCACCCAGCACUCCUGUUGCUCUCUACAAGCGUAUUUGGGCCACACUCUGUGAGAACAAGGAUAAUGCUAUCAGCGCUGUGUUUGAUGGGAAGAAGAAUUGCUUUUCUAUCGUUCCUCUUGCACUGAAUGAUAAAGGAGAAAAGACUUUCGAGGUCGUGGUUCCUGGUGAAAGACCUCGUGGUGGAGGUAGCGCUUUCCGUGUGCGUAUAAGAAAGGUCAAUCAAAUCAACAUGCACGAGGUGGCAGAGUUUGUCCAUGGAAGGGCAUCACGAACCAACAACGUGUUGACCGGAUUCAUGGCUUUGGAUAUCUUGAUUCGCUAUUUGCCCAGCAUUCGCCAUGUCACAAUCGGCCGCUCAUUUUAUACUCAAGAAGAAAGAAGGGCAUUGUCUGGUGCUGCCGAGUUGUGGUCGGGAUACUAUCAAUCCGUGCGUCCUGGUAUUGACAAACUCUAUGUCAAUGUGGAUACAACAACAACAGCAUUUUAUGAGCCGGGUAUGUUGCAUCAUCAAGCCGCCAAAUUCCUUGGAUGUCGCAGUGUGGAUGAGCUUAGACGUGGACUUGAUGACAUCCAAUUCAAGCGCUUGAGCAAGUUCAUCAAAAGCGUACGUGUCAAGGUCAUGCAUCGUGGUGGUACACAUCAGCCAAAAUACUCCAUCAAACGACUUGUACCUGCUACACCAUCAACAUCCCAUUUUGAACGAGAUGGCACGACCAUCACAGUCAAGGAUUACUUUUUGCAACAAUACAACAUCCGCCUUGCAUUCCCCAAUUUGCCAUGUGUCCUCGUUGGUCGAGAUGUUUUAUUACCAAUGGAAAUUUGCAGCAUUUUACCUGGUCAGCGUCUUACAAGGAAGCUUGAUGAACGACAAACAGCAGAGAUGAUUCGACAUACAUGCCAAAAGCCUCACGUACGUGCAAACAAGAUUACAACAGGUGUUCAACAACUUGAGUAUGGUCGCAAUCCCUACCUCAAAGAAGCGGGUAUGAGGAUCAGCAAUCAAAUGGCUACGAUCGAUGCCCGUGUUCUCCCACCUCCUCAAGUAGCAUGUUCAACACAGCCUGGUGGUAUAGUUCGUCCCAACAAUGGCGUUUGGAACAUGAACAACAAGUUGGCCAAGGCAGCAACACUGAAGUCAUGGGCGGUUAUCAAUUUUGCGCAGCAAAUCCAGCAAGUUCAAGUGGUUCAGACCUUUGUGCGUACGAUGAUUGAUUGUCUUGUCAAGGCUGGCUUGGAUGUUAAACAACGCUCACCACCGCUAUUACGAGCUGAUCCUCAAAGUGAUAUUCGAGUUGCUAUGCUUGAUGCUGGAAACCUUGCCUACCAAAAGAGCGAAGGAGUGGCUCCUCAACUUAUUAUCUGUAUACUACCCAACAUGAAUCGGCAGCUUUAUGCAGAGAUCAAACGCAUCGGUGAUACAAAUUUGGGAGUGGUGACCCAAUGCCUUCUAGCAAAGCAUAUCCUUCAGCCCAAACAAGCCUAUUGCAUGAAUGUAUGCUUGAAAAUCAAUGUAAAGCUUGGUGGCAUGAAUCAGUAUAUCCCUCAACAGCACGUACCCUUCAUCAAUGAUCAAACAAUCGUCUUUGGAGCAGACGUAUCUCAUCCAAGCCCAGGAGACAGUGCGCGUGGUUCUCUUGCCGCUGUUGUUGCAAGUAUGGAUCCUCAAUUAUCACGUUAUGCUGCCGAGACUCGUGUUCAAGCAGGAAGGACUGAAAUCAUUGCCGACUUGUCGAUCAUGGCACACGCUUUACUCAUGAAGUUCAUUGACAGCAACAAAAAGAGACCUGAACGCAUCCUUUUCUAUCGUGAUGGAGUAUCGGAAGGCCAAUUUGCAGACGUGUUGCGCAAUGAGGUGCUUGCUAUCAAGAGUGUAUGCCAAUCCAUUGCAAAGGAUUAUGAUCCCUCCAUCACCUUUGUCGUUGUCCAAAAGCGCCAUCAUGCACGUUUCUUCCCUGUUGGAUCCCAAAAUGCUGAUAAAAGUGGAAAUUGCUCUGCUGGUACGGUGGUCGAUACUACUAUUGUGCAUCCAUUUGAAUUCGAUUUUUACCUUCAAUCUCAUGCCGGAUUACAAGGAACUUCACGCCCCGCCCAUUAUCACGUCUUGUACGAUGAUAACAACUUUUCACCUGAUGACUUGCAGCAACUCACGUACAAUUUGUGCUUCACAUACGCCCGUUGCACCCGAUCCGUUUCCAUUGUGCCAGCUGCCUAUUAUGCUGAUCUUGUUGCCUCGCGUGCUCGUCUUCAUUAUCUUCAAGGAUCAUCCGAAAGUAGUCAAACGGUCGAGGAACAACAGCGCUCUUUGGCUCCUGUCAAGGAUGCGGUUGGUAAAGUCAUGUAUUUCAUGUAG